AUGACGUCCCCCUCCCACCGACGCCUCCUAAAAGAAGCCUCCGAACUCGCCUCCCACCCCUCCCCACACUUCACCGCACACCCGGUCUCCGACUCCAACCUCUACGACUGGCACUUCACCCUCGCCGGACCGCCGCCGCCCUCGCCCUACGCCGGCGGCAUCUACCACGGCCGCAUCGUCCUCCCCGCAACCUACCCGCUGCGCCCGCCGUCCUUCCGCUUCCUCACCCCCUCCGGCCGCUUCGAGGUCAACCGCGAGAUCUGCCUGAGUAUCUCGGGCCACCACGAGGAGACGUGGCAGCCCGCGUGGGGGAUCCGGACGGCGCUGAUUGCGCUGCGGAGUUUCAUGGAUGGGGAUGCGAAGGGGCAGGUUGGGGGGCUGGAUGUGGGCGACGGUGUGAGGAGGCAGUAUGCGGCUGAGAGCCGGGG